AUGCUUGACGCCGCAGCCAUAGUCGUCUCUGUAAUCUCCUUGGUCACGGCAUUAGGGGUAGCUCUUAUGAGCGGGAUAUUCACCUUUAGAAUUGAUGAGCACAAGGCCGUCCGCGAAGCUGAAAGGCUCCUUCGCAAAUACCGUGAACCUCUCCUUCUUGCAGCACAGGAGCUCCAAGCCCGGCUUUUCAACAUCCUGGACAGAAGCGAACCAGGAAGGAGCGUUCUCUAUUUCGCUGAACGAUCGGAGGUGUAUCAAGACACGAUUUUUGUGUAUACCGCGUACUUGGUGGGCCAGUAUCUUGCGUGGACGAAUAUAUUGCGGCGGCAGGUCCAAUUCACCGCAUUCACCACCGAGGAGAAACAGCCCAGACGCACAAGGGAGUUUAUUGAAGUACUGGACAACAUUACAGCCGUCCUGAACAAGGGUUGGCAACUGGGAGCUAGUCCUGAGCAGGAAGCCUGGAGACGCUUGGCAAGCUCAGACCGUAAUGAUGUCCCUUAUUUCAUACUAUUUAAGGGCCACCAGAGAGCCAUAGGCGAGAUCAUGACUGUUAGGGACAACAGUAGUGCAGAUGGAGAGUUAUUCUGCAUGGGCUACUCGGACUUUACGAAAAAAUGGAAGAUGGCCGAGCGGAGUACUGGAAUAAGGGCAGCACAGGUUGACUGGAUUCAAAGCGGUAUCCGUCCGGAUCACUGGGACGACCGGGACAAAGCAGAAAUAAUCAUUUGGUUUCUUCCCAUAAUUAGCGGUAUUCAUGCCCUUGUCCGUGCCCGCCAGCGUGGCGAUGAUGAGGUGGCUGCUGAAAAUACCCUUCGAGUGCUACAGCACCUCCUCGUCGAUUUGGUUCAGAUGCUUGACCCAAAAAGGCUGCGGCCAGGUUCUCUGAGAGAGAGAGAGAAGUCAGUAGCAGAGUUCGAAUUACUUGGUUGUUGGUGCAAGAGUUGUCGUCCACCACAGCGACAGAGUACCUUGUCGGCUUUCUUGGGGGAAAUAUUUGGGCGCAUAGGGCUACGACAGGUGGGAAAAUACAGAGCAAAUGGAGGGGUUGCGUAG